AUGAGUGCAGCCCUGCAGGUGACAGCAUUCGGGCUCACUCUUCUCUCAACACUCUUCCUGCUCCUGGCCACGUGCACGGACUGCUGGAUGGUCAAUGCUGAUGACAGCUUGGAGGUAAGUCACAGGUGCCGGGGCCUUUGGAGAGAGUGUGUCACCAACAUGCAGGAUGGGGUCAGGACCUGUGACCAGUAUGACUCCAUUCUGGCUGACCACCCAGUGAAGAUCGUGGUGACACGGACCCUGAUGAUCACAGCAGAUCUCCUGGCUGGCCUGGCUUUGGCUACACUGGUCCUUGGGCUCGACUGCAUCACGUUCUUCAAGGAAGAUCCUGGUGUCAAACUGAAGAUGUGCUAUGGAGCUGGAGCCAUGCUCGGCGCUGGCAGCAUGCUGGGGCUCACAGGCUCUGUGUGGUAUGCAGUGGAUGUCUACAUGGAGAGGGCCAUGCUGGUGUCACACAAUAUAUUCCUGGGAGUCCACUAUGACUUUGGGUGGUCCUGCUGGCUGGGAAUGGCUGGCUCCACUGGCUGCUUUGUGGCAUCUGUCCUGCUGACCUGCUGCCUCUAUGCCUACACAGGUCAGUCCGUCUCAUUCCACGCCAUCCUAUCUCAAGUAGCUUUUUGCCCUGCAGGGGUAAGGGGUGAAGGACCAGCUCAGGGGGCACAGGGGCUUCUUGCAGGGUCCAGCCGAACCAAGGGGGACCCCUCUGUGUCCAGCCUGUGCCUCUUGGAUGGGGAAGCUACACAAGGGCCCCAUAAACCCUAUAAGGGCAUGAAAAGGGUGCAGGGGUCCAUCACAUCUGUGGGCCUCCAGGUCCUGGUGAAGGUGUGCUGA